CUGUCUGGUGGCUGUGAGUUAGUGGUGGUGCUGUUAGAUUUCUCCACCAGCAGUCCAGGAGAGCUGAGUGUUCGCUGUGGUCAGACGGUGGAGAUAGUGGAGCGCUCAGCCGACCGGCCCGGGUGGUGUCUGGCCAGAACCACCGAUCAAACGCCCCCACAGGAGGGCUUGCUGCCGAUGAGCGCCCUCUGUCUGUCCCACUCGCACAGCGCUGCCGACAUGGAGGGCCUGAUCCCGCCCUGCACGGCUGCCACGGCAACGACCACGAGCACGACCUCGUCCACGAGCACCCCCAACUCCUCCUCCUCCAACGCCAACGCCACCAACGCCGCCAACGCCGCCAGAGACUCGACUGUGUUUGGUUCUGAAGGUCCAGGGCUGCAGACCGUGGGCCAGGGUGAGUCAAUAACUAAUUAAUCAUUUAAUGUACUCACGGUGCCGAUGUUGCU